UGCUGCAACAUAUAUUAAUAUACAAUUGCCUAAAAAACUCCGUUGAGUAGACAAAAAGGAGUGCAAUUCCAAAGCAAUCUUGGAUUUUAAAAAUAGGAAAAAAGCAAAACGCUGCGAACAUUUUGGAUUCUCCACGUUUGUUUAAAUUUGGUUGGCUCUACAUCUACUCUCAGAAGCCAAAGCAAAAGGGGUUAGGGUUUUUGACCGUGUGAGAGCGAGCGUGAGAUCUCUUUCAUUUGUUUUUCUUUCUUCUCCAGUACCGAAUCAAUGGCCUUCUCUUCUCUCCUCAGAUCUGCCGCCGCCGCCUCCACGGUUGCUUCUCCUCGCGCUGACUUUUUCUCCUCCCCGGCCUCUGAUCAUUCUAAGGUGUCGUCAAAUCUUGGGUUUAGUCGUAACCUGAAAUCAUCAAGAUUUUCAUCUGGGAUAUCUUCAUCUCUACAAAAAUGCAAUGCAAGAAGUGUUCAACCUAUCAAAGCGACGGCUACAGAAGUGCCACCUGCAGUUAAACGGUCGAGUAGCAGUGGAAAGACAAAGGUUGGGAUCAACGGUUUUGGUCGGAUUGGAAGGUUGGUACUCCGCAUUGCAACAUCCAGGGAUGAUAUUGAGGUUGUGGCAGUGAAUGACCCAUUCAUUGAUGCCAAAUACAUGGCUUACAUGUUGAAGUAUGAUUCUACUCAUGGAAAUUUUAAGGGAAGCAUCAAUGUCAUUGAUGAUUCUACUUUGGAGAUCAAUGGGAAGAAGGUCAAUGUUGUGAGCAAGAGAGAUCCAGCUGAGAUCCCAUGGGCUGAUCUUGGAGCUGAUUAUGUUGUUGAGUCUUCUGGUGUAUUCACCACCCUGUCCAAGGCUGCAUCCCAUUUGAAGGGCGGUGCUAAGAAAGUUAUAAUUUCUGCCCCUUCAGCUGACGCACCUAUGUUUGUUGUUGGAGUGAAUGAGAAGACAUACCAACCAAACAUGGAUAUAGUCUCCAAUGCAAGUUGUACCACCAAUUGUCUUGCCCCUCUUGCCAAGGUGGUGCAUGAGGAAUUUGGUAUUGUUGAAGGCUUGAUGACAACUGUCCAUGCAACUACAGCUACUCAGAAAACUGUUGAUGGGCCAUCAAUGAAGGACUGGAGAGGAGGCCGGGGUGCUAGUCAAAACAUCAUUCCUAGCUCAACUGGCGCUGCGAAGGCUGUUGGUAAAGUUCUUCCAGAGCUGAAUGGGAAACUUACGGGAAUGGCCUUCCGUGUACCAACACCGAAUGUUUCUGUUGUGGAUUUAACUUGUCGACUUGAGAAGGGAGCCUCUUACGAAGAUGUUAAAGCAGCCAUUAAGUAUGCCUCAGAAGGACCUCUUAAAGGCAUUCUCGGGUACACAGAUGAAGAUGUCGUCUCCAACGAUUUCGUCGGUGAUUCAAGGUCCAGUAUCUUUGACGCCAAUGCUGGGAUUGGAUUGAGCAAGUCCUUUGUGAAACUUGUCUCUUGGUACGAUAACGAAUGGGGUUACAGCAACCGAGUUCUUGACCUUAUAGAGCACAUGGCAUUGGUAGCAGCCAGCCACUAAAUACACGUACCGGUUCUUGCAGAAGCUUGAGACUUUCGGCUUCUUGCAUAACCUGCUCUACAGAGCCGGUUUGGAUUUGUUCGGUUAAGUUAGAUGCUAGGUGUUUUGAGAAAUUUGGUUUGAAUCACGAGCCUUUCUUCUAUUUUUGUUCUGUUCAACUAUCAACAACUCUGGAAACUAUAUUGGGUCCAAAAGACUAAAAACUGUGCGACUUACAUCUAUCAAUAAGGGGCUAAACUUGUUGUACUUUACCAAAAA